GGACGGUGGGCCGGAGCUCCCGGCCGGAAGCGGAAGGGGCGGGGCUUCGGCCGAGUGUCCAGCGCUGCCGCCGCCGCCGCCUGACCCGGAGCGGGCUGGGCCGCCGAGGCAAGAUGGUCGACUACAGCGUGUGGGACCACAUCGAGGUGUCCGACGAUGAGGACGAGACGCACCCCAACAUCGACACGGCCAGCCUCUUCCGCUGGCGGCACCAGGCCCGCGUGGAGCGCAUGGAGCAGUUCCAGAAGGAGAAAGAGGAGCUGGACCGGGGCUGCCGCGAGUGCAAGCGCAAGGUGGCCGAGUGCCAGCGCCAGCUGAGGGAGCUGGAGGUGGCCGAGGGCGAGGGCGGCCGCGCCGAGCUGGAGCGGCUGCGGGCCGAGGCGCAGAAGCUGCGCAAGGAGGAGCGGGGCUGGGAGCAGAAGCUGGAGGAGCUGCGGCGCAAGGAGAAGAGCAUGCCCUGGAACGUGGACACGCUCAGCAAGGACGGCUUCAGCAAGAGCAUGGUCAACACCAAGCCGGAGCAGGCGGAGGAGGAGUCGGAGGAGGUGCGGGAGCAGAAGCACAAAACCUUCGUGGAGAAGCACGAGAAACAGAUCAAGCACUUUGGCAUGCUGCACCGCUGGGACGACAGCCAGAAGUACCUGUCGGACAACGUGCACCUGGUGUGCGAGGAGACCGCCAACUACCUGGUCAUCUGGUGCAUCGACCUGGAGGUGGAGGAGAAGUGCGCCCUCAUGGAGCAGGUGGCCCACCAGACCAUCGUCAUGCAGUUCAUCCUGGAGCUGGCCAAGAGCCUGAAGGUGGACCCCCGGGCCUGUUUCCGGCAGUUCUUCACCAAGAUCAAGACCGCAGACCGCCAGUACAUGGAGGGCUUCAAUGACGAGCUGGAGGCGUUCAAGGAGCGCGUGCGCGGCCGCGCCAAGCUGCGCAUUGAGAAGGCCGUGAAGGAGUACGAGGAGGAGGAGCGCCGGAAGCGGUUAGGGCCCGGUGGCCUGGACCCCGUCGAGGUCUACGAGUCCCUCCCCGAGGAGCUCCAGAAAUGCUUCGACGUGAAGGAUGUGCAGAUGCUGCAAGAUGCCAUCAGCAAGAUGGACCCCACGGACGCCAAGUACCACAUGCAGCGCUGCAUCGACUCGGGUCUCUGGGUCCCCAACUCCAAGUCAAGUGAGGCCAAGGAUGGAGAGGAGGGGGGCCCCAAGGACCCCGCGGCGGACGCCAGCCCCAAGGCCAGCGACCAGAAGGAUAUCAGCGCGUAACCCGCCGCCCCCCGCCUACAGGCCUUGCCUCACCCCCCCCCCCACGCACCCCUUUUCAGAAAACGAAAAUAGAUACCGUCUCCCCACUCCUGGCUUCCUCCACAUGUAUCCCCCCGCCCCAGGAGCCCACCCCUCACUGCCUCCAAAUCCCCAUCUUGGCUUGGGGUCCAGGGGCCUCACUGCCUGUCCCCCUCCCCAAUCAGCAUAAUGCCAAAGGCCUGGGGGCCCCGGCAGGGGGAGAGGUCGGUCCUCAGGGCAGGGAUGUGGACCCCCACAGCCAAGGGGCUGUCUCCAGACGGGG